AUGGAAAACAAAGCUUUCAACAACUCUGUUCGCAGUGGUAUACUAACAAGUCAUAAAUUUGAGGAAAUAACGGAACUCAAUUCUAAAUUACAAGAUGCAUUAGCAGAAAACGGUUAUGUUUAUCUAACUCCCAUUCAAUAUCAUGUAAUUCCAAAAAUGUUACAAGGAAGAGAUGUCCUUGGCGCUGCUCAAACGGGAAGUGGUAAAACUCUUGCGUUUGUUAUUCCAGCUGUUGACUUGUUAUACUCUGUAAAAGCAAAGCAGGCGCAAGGUACCUUAGUUCUCAUAAUCGCUCCAACUCGAGAAUUGGUGUCUCAAACCAUGACAGUUGCUACAAACCUCACCCGAAACGUAACACACACUGUUGGUUGUAUCUACGGUGGAAGUAACAGAAAAGAAGAAGAACGACAGUUGACCAAAGGAAUUAAUUUACUCAUCUGCACACCAGGUAGAUUACUCGACCAUCUUCAAAACAGUUCAAACUUUAUAUAUCAAAACUUAGCCAUGCUCAUUCUCGACGAAGCAGAUCGAAUAUUAGAAAUAGGAUUUGAAAAAGAACUUACAAAAAUUCUUAAAAUUCUUCCUUCAGAACGACAAACUGCAUUAUUUUCUGCUACUAAAACCGCUAAAAUGAUUGAUAUAGUGAAACUAUCGUUAAAUAACCCUGUUCUUAUCGAAGUUAAGCAGGAACAAAAAACCGUUGAAGGGCUUGAACAGUUUCACAUCAUUUGCCCCCCAGGCGAAAAGCUCGCACUUCUUUACAAAAUCCUAAAAGAUAUGUCGAAAGAAGCCUCAGCAAGCGAGAAAUCGACUUUGAAAAUUAUGGUUUUCCUCUCUACCUGUCAGUCAACACAAUACCAUGAAAACAUAUUUAGACUUUUCAACAACUUUAUUCCUAUAUUAGGACUACAUGGACAGAAAAAACAGAAUAAGCGUCUAGAAAUUUAUCAUAAGUUUAGUAAUUCUAAAAAAAGCAUACUUUUUUGUACUAACGUUGCAGCACGAGGAUUAGAUUUUCCUAACGUUGAUGUUAUCAUUCAAUACGAUCCCCCUGAUGAUAUUAGAGAAUACAUUCAUCGUGUAGGUCGAACUGCUCGAGGUACAAAUUCAUCUGGGUCUUCGAUUUUGUUUUUGCUCCCUCAAGAGAUUGGACUUCUCAAACUUCUUGCUCAAGAAAACAUUGUUACAACAGCUAUGGAUAUUAAUUACCGGUCACUUGAAAAAAUACAAAGCCAACUAGAAAAAAUAAUCCAGUCCACACCCGAAUUGCAAAAAGACGCCAUCACAGCCUUCAAAAAAUUUUUACUCGCUUACCACAGCCACAGUUUAAAAAAUAUUUUUCAAAUUGAAAAGCUCGAUAUAGGUAAAUUAGCUAAAUCGUUUGCAUUAUCUACAAUUCCGAAAUAUGAUUUACCCGCUUUAGCGAAGAUUAAGCGUAAAACUCAAAAAAAUACGCACUAG